AUGGUUGUGUUCGAGUGUUGCAACGUAGACGGAAACAUCGAGCUCCGUGUCCAGCCCUGGCCGACAGCGAGCCAUCUGCGCGUGGCCAGGGGCUGCUGGUGGAGGUGGUCGCGGAGCCUGCGGGAACAGGAGCUAAACAGCAAGGCCAUUGGCACUGAGCACGCAGAGAAGCAGCAGCAGGGCCCUGACGGCUCCACCGUGAGGGUGGGCCAGUGCGUCACUGGGCUCCAGAUGGGCACCAGCACGAGUGCCAGCCAGGCGGGCAUGAUGGCAGAUGGCACGAGAAGGCACCUGUACAACCCCAGGAGCCAUAUCCUGCCACUCAUGGGCCACUCAACCAUCAGCCUGCAAAUGGGCAUUAACAGGUGUGCCAGCCAGGUGGGCAUGAUGGCUCCUGGGACCCGGUGGCACAUCUAUGACACCAAGCUAGGAACUGACAGGUGCGACAACUCUUCCGUGUCUCUGCGGAUGCGCUGCACACAGGGCGCCAACCAGCGUGGCCUGGUCCGUGGCCUGGGCUGGAAGGUACACGACCCCAAGUACUGCCCACAAGGCCCAGUGGCCGACAGAGUUCCGGGGUCAGCUGGCCACUGCCCAAGCCCUGGGAAGGCCCCCGAGUACCACCCCUACUAA